GUGUGUGUGUGAAUGAAGAGCGCCAUGUCCAUAAAAGGCUUCCGUGCGUUCAGCAGCUCAGCACUCAAGACUGAAGACUCCCAGACUUAAUUUCAAAUGAGACCCUAAUGUUGUUACUGAAUUAAUCUUUGCACUAAUAACUAUGUGGUGUGGUGAUGUAUAUAUGAAUGACAGACAUGAAGUAGCCUCCAGCCGAUGUCAGUAUUUAGAAAAACAAAAAGCACGUGUAUUGCAGAAUGAUCAGCUGUCAAUCACACGGAUCCGGACAGAUCACUUCUUCAUCUUUAUCAGGAACUUUUGACAAAAGAUCGCGUCAGUUUAGUUCAGUCAACCAUCAGAUCCGCCCAAUGACGAUUUUCAAAAUUAUCGUUAAAGGUCCGAGCUGGUUAAGUGGGUUGUCAAAUAAGGUAAAGUCCACAGCCCGAAGCUAAAAUUAACCCACGGACGGACAGCUGAGCGCUCGUGCCAGUGUUCACUGAGUGUCUUUGUCUCUGCACGCGCUGAGUGACAAUAACACAAUGACGCGAUUCAGUUAUGCGCAAUAUUUCUCUUUAUUUCGAUCAAGGGACAGCGAACGAAACGCAUCGCUGUCGAAAACAUCAACAACUGAAGAAUCAAACCGCGACGACGAAAUAAAAGUGAUUUGUGCAGACAGAAGGGUUGAUGUGAAUGAAUAUGAAUCAGAGGACUGGACAGAUUUGCAUGAAGCGGCUCACCGAGGAAAGACGGACUGUGUGCAGACUCUGCUGAAGGCCCGACGCACGUGUGUAGAUAAGCGCACACUACACGAACAGACGGCUCUCCUGCUGGCCGUUCAUGGUGGACACCUGGACUGUGUGAGGUCUCUUCUAGAAGCAGGGGCAGAUCCUGAUAUCUGCAAUAAAUACAAAGAGACACCUCUUUAUAAAGCUUGUGAACAGGAGCGUGUCAGCGCUGUAAAGAUCCUCCUGGAGUUUGGAGCGGCUGUAAACCAGCGUUGUCAUCGAGGCUGGACCGCCCUUCAUGAGGCAGCGAGACGAGACAACACCCAACUCUGUGAGACUCUCCUGAAGGCUGGAGCUUCUGUAGAUGCCCGAAACGCUGAUGACAUCACACCCUUAAUAGAGGCGGCCCGACACGGACGGACAGAAACUCUCACCUGUCUGAUCAGAAAUGGGGCUCGUGUGAACCUUCAGUCGUGUGAUGGACACACAGCUUUAAGUGAAGCCUGCAGAAACGCCCACAGAGAUAUUGUGAAGGUUUUACUCAAACAUCAUGCAGAUGCCAACACGACAUCUAAUGAUGGACUUCUGCCUCUGCACGUGGCCGCCCAGCAUGGACACAGCGAAAUUGUGUCCUUAUUGCUGCCUAUCACCAGUCGGGCAAAGAUACGACAAAGUGGCAUCUCACCCCUCCAUCUGGCAGCGGAGCACGACCGACAGAACAUCAUGAGCUUGCUGAUCGAGUCCGGUUGCGACGUCAAUGCCAAACUCUCAGAUGAGCGCUCGGCCACGUUUCCCGAUCGACGAGUCACCGCUCUUUACUUCGCCAUCGCUGCCAGAAACACGCAGGCCGCUGCCAGGCUACUGAAUGCCGGUGCUGAUCCUGACACGGACCCUCUCAGGCCGCUGCUGUUGGCUGUACGUCAGGGCUGUUUGAGGAGCAUCGCUUCGCUAGUAGAACACGGAGCCGACGUUAACGCUCGGUCACCAGACGUGCACGCUGAUUUUCCAGGAGUGCUGCUUUAUACUCAUAACCUGAAUGUUCUGCACUAUCUGUUGGACAAUGGCUGUGAUGCUCAGGCCUGUUUUAAAUGUGACAAACAUCACUUAGAGGAAGCACACACAUCACUGAACGCAAACCAAAGAAUUGUGAUCUCUGCAAAACCAACUCUAAAGUUUUGCGAAUGGAUCUCUUCCUCAUCCUGGAGUCAGGCAGUCAGUCCUGUCAUUCAUUUACUCUUGGACUAUGUAGGAAAUGUUCAGAUCUGUAGCAGAAUCACGGAGCAUCUGCAGAGGAAUCUGGUGGAGUGGAUGGCCAUUAAAGAGAAAACACUGUCUCCUCGACCGCUGACGCACCUUUGUCGGCUAAAGAUCCGAGAGCAGAUGGGAAUUCAAAGGCUGUCGUCUGUAAACACACUGCCACUUCCCAACAAAAUGCAACGAUAUCUGUGCUCCCGGACCAUCAGCAGAACCCAACAGAGAGGCUCGAAUCACACACUGUGACCAGCGU